UUGCCUCUUGUUCUCGUCAAUGCCGCAAGAGGCAAGGGCUUGCUCGUGGAGCUCAAAUCGGGCGAGACGUUCAACGGCCUGCUGAUUGCCUGCGACAACUUUAUGAACUUGACAUUGAGAGAAGUGUAUCAGACUAGCAGCACUGGAGAGGAAUUCUGGAAGCUGCCAGAGUGCUAUAUCAAGGGAGCUACAAUCAAGUACGUCAGGCUAGCAGACUCUACCAUCGACACAGUGCGGCAACAGGAGGAGCAAGAGCGGAGGGCGCGUCAAGGAGGCGGCGGCGGUGGUGGACAGAGGGGAGGUCACGGAGGCGGCGACAGGGGC